CUAAGCUAACACGAGUUAUCUCCCUUUUGGCGUUAAUACUACUCACGUACACAUUCACUCAGCAAACAUGGACGCGUACAGCAAGGCGGAACAAUUUCUCAAAUAUCCAUUUGAUCCACAUCAUGGCAUGAGUACAGUAUCGAAGUGGGCACCCCCAGAAUCGUCGAGGAUUGAAAAUGAUGGCAACAGUGUCCGCGCUUCAAAUACUACAAGUGCAUAUAAGAACAUCAUCUGUCAUUUUCCGUCAUCGGACACAACCCCCGAAUAUCUCUGUGAGGUGGCUGGAGAUCAGUUUAUGGACGGUCGAGACAAGGACAGUCUGAGGAUGGAAAGAUGUGACGUCAUGUUGCCAGAUCAUGUACUCGGUAUGGACUUUGGUCGUCAUGGUGAAGCAGAGAUCCGUCCGUACAUCAUAAACACCAAUCAGCAUGACGUCAUUGCUACAGAAUCUGAUGCAGAUCGAGUCCAAUUGCCGCGAGUAAAAUAUGACGUAGGCCUGUACCAUGACCUCGAGCCUCUGCUUCAUCUAAACUUACAUGAUCUUAGAAUGCCGCUGAGGGGCGAACAUCACCAGGUCAAAGGUUAUUCCAUCGUUAACCUCCAGUAACCUCCAGUGUCCUGUUUCCUUUCCUGGAAAGUCAUCAGCUUCGCCCAGAGAUCCAUUUUCAUCUCUGAAGUCAAUUUGAGAAUCUGUUGACAUUAAAUGUUUCAUCCUACUGUU